AUGGCUGCUCGCAGCGCACGCUGGCACAACGCUCUCAAGCUCGCUCUGCAGAGUGAAGAAGGCGUGAAAAACGUCUUUCAGCUCGCAACUACCAACGCCAACAACACUGCUCCGCACGUCCGCAGCCACAUCAUCAGAGACCACAUUAUCCAUCCAUACUUCCCUUCUCUACCCCUACUUCUCACAACCACAGACAUCCGUACCCCGAAAGUUACUCAGAUCGAGUCCAACCCUAACCAUCGCGUAGAAGCGCUCUUUUGGAUCAAAGCCACCAACGAGCAAUUCCGCGUCUCUGGGCGUGCAGCUAUAUACCCCUCACCCGAACUUCAGGAGAAUAAAGGAAUCGAGGGCGUAGGAGAGGUGUACGAUGCAUUCCGGAGUCAGGGGUGGGAUUGGGAGCGGGAGCGACAGAGGCAGUUUGAUAACGUCGGUGCGCACAUGCGCGCAUCCUGGUGCCGGCCUGUUCCUGGUUCCCCCAUGGAAUCUUACAGCGAUGCGGAAAAGUGGCCUGUCAAAGUUGCGAAACCCGGAGAGGAAGGGUAUGACGCUAAGAAUUAUGAACAAGCCCGAGGAAACUUUGCGUUAGUUCUGAUUGACCCCAUCGAAGUCGACUAUAUCGAACUCGGAGUUAUGCCUAACCGGAGGACAAAGUUCGUUAAACAGGAUUCGGGUGACGAGAGAUGGAAGGAGGUGAUAUUGGUCCCAUAA